AUGGUUGUGCCCGUGCUGGCUGGGAAGGGCAUGUCUUGCACUUCUGGGAUGAUUGUGUCGAGAACAGCUGAAUCAGAGGUGGGAACUUCCAAUCUGGAGGGCAGUGAAGAGGGCUUUGACAGAGCAGUAGCAGAGAUCACUAAUGCCUGCUUUGAGCCAGCCAACCAGAUGGUGAAAUGUGACCCUCGCCAUGGUAAAUACAUGGCUUGCUGCCUGCUGUACCGUGGUGAUGUGGUUCCCAAAGAUGUCAAUGCUGCCAUUGCCACCAUCAAGACCAAGCGUACCAUCCAGUUUGUGGACUGGUGCCCCACUGGCUUCAAGGUUGGCAUUAAUUACCAGCCUCCCACGGUGGUACCUGGUGGUGACUUGGCCAAGGUCCAGAGAGCUGUGUGCAUGCUGAGCAACACCACGGCCAUUGCUGAGGCCUGGGCUCGCCUAGAUCACAAGUUUGAUCUGAUGUAUGCCAAGCGUGCCUUUGUGCACUGGUAUGUGGGUGAGGGCAUGGAGGAGGGUGAGUUCUCUGAGGCCCGUGAGGACAUGGCUGCCCUAGAGAAGGAUUAUGAGGAGGUUGGGGCAGAUAGUACUGAAGGAGACGAUGAGGGUGAGGAAUAUUAAUU